CUGGCCAGCAGCCAAGAGAGGGACAGUGCCCUACCUGACGUCCCAUAGUAAGCCUCGGGCAGCUGCCCCCUCCCACCUCUGCCUCAGUUUUCCCACCUGGGGACAGGAUCUUUGAGGAAUACAUGGGCAGGUUGUCUCUGGGGCCACCCACUCCCUCCCUGCUCAUACCUGCUCUGCCCGCAGAUCUCCUGGAGGCCCGCCGGCCGCUGGCCCAUGAGUGCCUGGGCGAGGCCUUACGAGUGAUGCGCCAGGUCAUCUGCAAGUACCCACUGCUGAACACUGUGGAAACGCUCACAGCUGCGGGCACCCUCAUUGCCAAGGUCAAAGCCUUCCAUUACGAGUGCAACAACGAGGCAGACAAGCAAGAGUUUGAGAAGGCCUUGGAGACCAUUGCCGUCUCCUUCAGCAGCACCGUGUCCGAGUUCCUCAUGGGUGAAGUGGACAGCAGCACCCUCCUGUCAGUGCCCCCUGGGGACUCGAGCCAGUCCAUGGAGAACCUGUACGGACAGGGAAGUGAGGGCGCCCUCCCUUGCGCUGAGGACUGUGAUGCUGGCUGCCUGCUGCCCGAGGAGGUGGACAUGCUGCUGCAACGCUGUGAGGGAGGCGUAGAUGUGGCCCUGAACUACGCUAAGAACAUGGCGAAGUACAUGAAGGACCUCAUUGGCUACCUGGAGAAGCGGACUGCCCUGGGUGAGUGCUGGCCUGGGGUGAGAUCUGCCAGGGGACCCCCUCCCCUCACGUACCCCUUGCUCACUCCCCUCCCCUCUGCACUGACUCCUCUUCUCUGCCCUGCAGAGAUGGACUUUGCCAAAGGCCUGCAGAAGAUUGUCCACAACUGCAGACAGAGCGUCAUGCAGGAGCCCCACAUGCCCCUCCUGUCCAUCUACUCGCUGGCCCUGGAGCAGGACCUGGAGUUCGGCCACGGCUUGGCGCAGGCAGUGAUCACGCUGCAGACCCAGACCUUCAUGCAGCCCCUGAACCUGCGGCGGCUUGAGCACGAGAAGCGCAGGAAGGAAAUCAAGGAGUCCUGGCACCGUGCCCAGAGGAAGCUGCAAGAGGCAGAGUCCAACCUUCGCAAGGCCAAACAGGGCUACGUGCAGCGCUGUGAGGACCAUGACAAGGCCCGCCUGCUGGUGGCCAAGACGGAGGAGGAGCAGGUGGGCACUGGGCCUGGAGCAGGGGGCACAGUCUCCAAGGCCCUGGACAAGCGGCGGCGCUUGGAAGAGGAGGCCAAGAACAAGGCAGAGGAAGCCAUGGCCACAUACCGCACCUGUGUGGCGGAUGCCAAGACACAGAAGCAGGAGCUGGAGGACACCAAGGUGACGGCGCUUCGACAGAUCCAGGAGGUCAUCCGGCAGAGUGACCAGACCAUCAAGUCGGCGACCAUCUCCUACUACCAGAUGAUGCACAUGCAGACGGCCCCGCUGCCUGUGCACUUCCAGAUGCUGUGUGAGAGCAGCAAGCUCUAUGAUCCGGGCCAGCAGUACGCCUCCCACGUGCGCCAGUUGCAGCGUGAUGAGGAGCCUGAUGUGCACUAUGACUUUGAGCCUCAUGUCCCCACGAGCAACUGGUCCCCUGUCAUGCGUGCCCGGAAAGGCAGCUUCAAUGUUGGUGAUGCUGCGGAGGCUGCUAGCGGCCCCCCUGAUGAAGGUGGACCCAGCGAUGGGAUGCUUGCCAAGGAGCGCAGGGGUGGGCGUGGACACCAGGUGCACAAGUCAUGGCCAACCUCCAUCCCAGACUCUGAUGGCAGUCUGGACCCCAGCCCUGGCUCAGGGGACUUUAAGAAGUUUGAACGGAUGUCGUCCAGCGGCACCAUGUCAUCCAGCGAGGAGCUGGUGGACCAGGAGGGCAGUGCAGGGGCAUCAGCCUUUGAGCAGGCUGACCUCAACGGCAUGACCCCUGAGCUUCCAGUGGCUGUGCCCAGUGGGCCCUUCCGCCACAUGGGACUUUCCAAGGCAGCCCGAACUCACAGGCUCCGAAAGCUCCGUUCCCCAGCCAAGUGCCGGGAGUGCAACAGCUAUGUCUACUUCCAUGGCGCCGAGUGCGAGGAGUGCUGCCUGGCCUGCCACAAGAAGUGUCUGGAGACCCUGGCCAUCCAGUGUGGACACAAGAAGCUUCAGGGCCGCCUGCAGCUCUUUGGCCAGGACUUCGGCCAGGCAGCCCGUGGCACUCCCGAUGGCGUGCCCUUCAUUGUCAAGAAGUGUGUUUGUGAGAUCGAGCGGCGGGCUCUGCGCACGAAGGGCAUAUACCGGGUGAAUGGGGUGAAGACGCGUGUGGAGAAGCUGUGCCAGGCCUUCGAAAACGGCAAGGAGCUGGUGGAGCUGUCGCAGGCCUCGCCCCACGACAUCAGCAAUGUCCUUAAACUCUACCUGCGCCAGCUGCCUGAGCCACUCAUCUCCUUCCGCCUCUACCAUGAGCUUGUGGGGCUGGCCAAGGACAGUCUGAAGGCAGAGGCUGAAGCGAAGGCAGCGUCCCGGAAUUGUCCGGAUACGGCUGAGAGCGAGGCUGUGGCCAUGGCUAUGGUAGGCCGGUUGCGGGAGCUCCUGCGUGACCUGCCAUCCGAGAACAAGGCCUCACUGCAGUACCUGCUGCAGCACCUGCGCAGGAUUGUGGAGGUAGAGCAGGACAACAAGAUGACCCCCGGGAAUCUAGGCAUUGUGUUCGGGCCCACGCUGCUGCGGCCACGGCCCACAGAGGCCACCGUGUCCCUGUCCUCCCUGGUCGAUUACCCCCACCAGGCCCGCAUCGUGGAGACCCUCAUCACCCACUAUGACCUGGUUUUCGAGGAGAAGCCUGAAGAGAACAGGGGACAGUAUGGGAUGCCCACCCAGCGGGCUGAGGUGUUGCUCCAGGUACCCUACUCGGAGGCCAACGAGGAGGCUGCCUUCCCCCUGCAGGAAGAGGCUGAGGACGGAGGCCCAGACCUACCAGAAUCCCAUGUUGCCUCCAAUGACUCUGACUCAGAACUGGAGGAGGCCCCAGAGCUGCUGUCCCCGGCAGAGGGGGGAGCCUUGCACCACCUCAGCUUCUUGGAGAAGCAGGGCAGUGAGGCCAGCGCGGAGGAGGCUGGGGACAGCGGCAGUGAGGAGCAGCUGGGACCCUCAGCUGGGGAGGAUGGUGACUGGGAGGGGCUGUCCCAGUACAACACCAACCAGUCCAACAAUGUAGCUGAGAGUCCGCUGCCCGCCAUGAAGCAUGGUGACAGGCAUGUCAUAGCAGGCACUGGCUCGGAGAGCAGGCCCGAGUUUGUCUAGCUGGGACCUUGGGUGGCCUGUGCUGUGGCUCCUGUCACUGUGCAUGUCCCCAGGCCUGGCCAUACUGUGCCAGGCUCUGUGCCUAGGCUGCAAUGGCCCACAGUGGUGAGGGCAUCAACAGCCACCUUUUCCACAAGCUUCCGGGAGCAAGUCCAUGGUCCACCCAGUGCCCCUUUGCAUGACCCGCUUGGCUGAGCUGGGGACUUUGCUCUCAGGAGUCACCAUGGGGCUCUGUGGACAGAGGAACUGCCUGAGUGACCCCAGCAUUCUGCUCAGGGCUGGCCACUCCUUGGACCUGCCCUGACCUAUAACUUUUGGUUGCCGGGCUGUGGAGGCCGCUCUGACAGCCAGACAAAUGUCAGGGACCAGAUGGCAGAAUUGGGUUUGGACAUCUGGGGUUUAGGUACAUGAUGGGAUCUCCCUUCACAUGUGUACAUAUUUUGCUUAAAAUAAAGUUGCUGCCCAGCUGG